AUGCCAUUUAUUCCCAGCACCAACAUUUCCUCUUCAAGGGAGCAGGUCUAUUUCCAAACACGCAGCUUCAACCUUCGUCUCUUAGCAUUUAUGGCUUCUGCUACCAGUCCUGUAUCGGUGACCUUCGCCAAUUCACCCACAUAUUUUCCGGACUUAUUGUCGCGAGCAUCGUCUCUUACACACUCUUCCGGAGGGGACUCAGAUCCGAUAUCUCGACAAACUUCCAAAACCAGUGAAUAUGAACGAGUAUACAGGACGGAGUACCACGGCAUUGAUGUGCAAAUCAGUCCACGUGAAGACAGUCGCCGGAAAGUCCUUGAACAGGCUGCGAGGAUUGGAGGCGCUUGGUCCGUUCAGACCGUGCUGUCUCUAGAUGGAGGUGGCAUUCGUGGCAUCUCUACUUUGCUCAUAAUACAGGAGCUGAUGUCGCAAAUUGCAGAUGUCGAGCAGAACACAUGGCCGUCUGCACAAACAAGCGGAGAUUGUGAACAACUCAGCUCUGUCGAGGUCCAGCAGGCAAUGAGCGAGCUUAGAGAUCAGAUUUCAACGAAAAAAGGUUACAAGGCUCAAUCAGUCAGAAAAUGCGAAUUCCUCCCUUGCCACUACUUCGACUACAUCGCCGGAACCAGCACCGGCAGCCUCAUUGCGACUAUGCUGGGUAGAAUGUCUAUGUCGGCUGAUCGAACGCUUUUGGAAUUCCAAGAAUUGACGCGGAAAGUGUAUGGUGUACGUUAUGGGACACUUGCACGAAGAGUGAGACACAUGAUACUACCCGCAAAAGAUCCUCAGGAAAGCAAGGUUAGGGACCUUGUGACCGACAGUUUUGGGACGAAGCCAUGGCAAGGCUCGGAUGCAACUCGCUGUAAGACAAUCUUGUGCUCCUUCGAGCAGCCGUCUCGCAAGGGAAGUCGCAUUCCCUACCUUUUUCGCUCUUACGAAGGGGAUCUUGUUGUCCAAAACAUGAAGAGCAAGUCAGAGGCGUACACCGUGACUGAUGUGAUGCGAGCCACAGCAUGCAGUCCUUACGCAUUCAAUCCUGUCAAGCUGGGCUCCCGAAAGUUUUGCGACGCUGGUCUCAGCUGGACGAACCCCACCGGAGAAGUGUGCAGGGAAUUGUCCGAAAGAUGGGGUCGAGGUUUGCCGCCUUGUCUGAUGUUAAGCAUUGGUUCUGGAUAUGAUUCAAAACUACGGAAGCCGCCCAAGAGACACAGCAAUCCUUGGAAUUACCACAACAUCAGGAUGCAGAAAACAACGUAUCGAGUCAAUGCUGCUCUGUUUGCGAUCUCGGAAGAAGUUCAUGCCUACAUGGAGGACCUUUUGGAGUGCCAGUCGAACAUGGAAUACGUCCGUCUGAACGCCAACUUAGACCUCUACACCGACGCUUCCGUACACUCGUGGCGGGAAGAAGUCGACGUAUUGCAAGAGAAAAUCGCAUCUCAAACCAAAGCGUACCUGCAGCAGGAUCACGUCCGCGACAGCCUGAAGCAAUGCGCCGAAACUCUCGUUGACCUACGAAGGCAACGAAGUCGCACGACGAGUUGGGAGGCUUUCGCCUUUGGAAUACGUUAUCGAUGUAAGGAGGAGGGCUGCCCCCAGAAGUCUGAGCUAUUUGACUGGGCUCAACUGGCCGGGCAUCUUCGCAAAGCGCAUCUUACGAAAGAUCAGCAAUACUCUGAUGACGACCCACGAAUCAAGCCAUUGAUCAUGAAAGGCAGAACACGUAGCGACUGA